AAAAAAGGUCUUUGCUCGUGGAGUGGACGUGAACGCAACACGAGUCACGUGAUUACAAAUCCCGGAAGUGAAACGAGUGUCAACAGAGCGACAAUGAUGGCGUCCUCAGACUGGCGCUUGUCUCUGAAACUGGCGGACCAGCCCAAAUCCACCUUUCACUUCCCCGAGAUGAUGCCCGGAGAUGUCCCACCUGGAGGAUACAGAGUCGCCACCUUGAAGCAGCUUGUAGCAGCGCAGCUGCCAGACUCCGUCCCAGACCCUGAACUCAUAGAGCUGGUCCACUGUGGGCGAAAGCUCAAGGACGAGCUGACACUGGACGCCUGUGGGGUCCAGCCGGGAUCCACAGUACACAUUCUGAAGAAGACAUGGCCAGAGCCGGAGAGCAGUCCAGAGCCGGUGAACAGAGUGACUGCAGCCAGAGAGUUCCGGGUGUUCCACGCCGCUCUGCAUUCGCUCAAUUCAGCCUACAGAGACGCAGUCUAUAAAAUGCUGACGAAUAAGGAGUCUCUGGAUCAGAUCAUUGUAGCCACACCCGGCCUCAGGUCAGACCCGGUCGCUUUAGGAGUGCUUCAGGAUAAGGAUCUCUUUGUGCAGUUCACGGAUCCAAACAUGCUGGAAGUGUUAACCAGUUCCCACCCGGCACUGGUCAACGCCAUCAUCCUGGUCCUGCAUUCAGUUGCAGGAAGCAUGCCGACUCAGUCCAGUGCCAGCUCCUCCCGCUCUGCCAGCUCUUACAGUGAGAUGCCAGGAGGCUUCAUGUUUGAAGGCAUGUCAGACGACGAGGACGACUUCCAGUCUGGCAGCCCAGCAGGCCCGUCCAGCAGAGGUGGGCUCUCUGCGGGGAUUCGUCCGGUGUCUUUGGGCCACAGCGGAGCGGCCGGCCCGCGACCUAUUACACAAAGUGAACUCGCAACUGCUCUGGCGCUGGCCAGCACUCCAGACAGCAGUGCAGUCACUCCCACAACAGCCAACCAGGCGGACCCCUCUGGUAGCAUGGCCCCCAUGCCGGCCGGGACACCAGUCAGCACGGAUCUGUUCAGUCAGGCUCUGCAGCAAGCUCUGCAGGCCUCCAACGUUCCCACUCUGCAGGGCCGGUGGCAGUCCCAGAUGCAGCAGCUCAGGGACAUGGGCAUCCAGGAUGAAGAGCUGAUGCUGAGGGCGCUGCAGGCCACAGACGGCGACAUCCAGGCCGCCCUGGAGCUCAUUUUUGCUGGUGGCCCUGGACUUUAAACCCCGACUCUGCAGAGGAAACCUUCUGUAAAGGACGUCAUGCUUGCAUCUUUCUGGUUUCAACAAGUUCAAACAACUUUCUGUAUUUUACUAUUAAAGUGACAAAACUGUAAA